AUGGAGGCCGAAAAUCUUCUUGAUGUCUUUGACUAUGAUCUAGACAUAGAUUUCGAAACUGCAUACGAGAUGGUCAACAAUGACGACCAGCUUGACAAGAUACAUCAAAAUCAUCAUAACUCAUCAUCGGCCAUGGACGCUGUAGUGGAUCGAUGGAGUCCGCCUGAGCCUUGUGGUAUGAAACAAGAAGAUCAGGAUCCAGCAGAAAAUAAUUCGCUAACUCUGGCUGGACUAGAACAUACUUCUAUGCCUGGUCUGCUUAGCGAAUUUGAGUCUAGCGCAAUAGAAAAGUUUCUGGACAGUCUGGUUACUACGAGUGGGAAAGCCGCGGCCAGCUGGUCAGGACUGCCGAAUCCCGCGUGGGCUAAAAAUGAAGAACAUGACCAUGUGCGGAAGCACCUAGGUGCCUCUGACGAUCUGGAAUCGGCAAGGCGCUCUCCACACUUUGGGCUCAAUACGCUACCAUCAAGUGGCCCAAUCCAGCUGCAGAACACAAUAACAAACAUCUACGGACCGGACAAUUCCGACCAAGAAAAUUCAAACAAACAUCUUUUGACAGAAGGACAUCACAAGACUGAUGAGACUGUUGCCAAAGAACAAGCUGAGGAUAACAUUGCAUCUGCAUCCGUGUAUGCUCCGGCUAUCUUGAAAUCGCCAGAAAUCUUGGUGCUUGAUUCUGAAAUUCCAUUAGAGAUACGAAGCGACCCCACAAAGCGAAGGAAGUGGAGACAUGUAGCAUUGGAGAAAAAACGCCGGAGUGCCAUCAAAGAGUAUUUUGACGACUUGGUGGAGCUGAUACAUUUUCCAAGAUCUGCACCUCCCGAGAUAGAACACAAGGAAGAUGACAAGACUCAGGGAAGCAGAAAGAAGGUCAAAAAAGAGAAAUCCGCAGACAAAAGAAUACCCAAACAUGUCCUGCUGAACUAUCUAAUAGAAGACAUGAAUUCUAUUUUACAGGCGAACAAAAAAUUGGAGGAACAGUUAGAGCUAUUCAAAGAAAGUAAAUCUGGUUGA